AUGUCCAUCCCCGGCAACAGGCACCUUCCCGCCUCCGCUUCCCUCCCCGACCACUCCUCCGCCUCUGACUCCGACGCCGAGCCGGAAUCCGACUACCGCCCAAUCGCCGGCGCCGUUUCCGACUCCGAAUCCGACCCCGACCCCGACUUCGACGCCGCCGUGCCCCACCACCGCCUCGACGAGGCAGGAAACGGCAUCUCCGCGCUGGAUCUCGCGUCCGACGAGGACGAAGCGGCGGAAGACGCGGAGGCAGAGGAUGAGGACGGAGACCUGCGGCCCGCGGAGGCGGCGGCGCGGGCCUUCUCGGAGGACGAGCGUCGCCGCCGCACUCCGCUGCCCGCGGGCGCCGCCGCGCGGAUCGUGGACGCGAUGCGCGGCGUCGAGUUCCCCGGCGCGCCGCCGGCGUGGGCGGGCAGCGUCCCCGAGGACCAGUGGCUCGACCGCCUCCGGUCCCUCCGUGCUGGCCGCCCCAACUGA